AAAGAUAAAGAAUAAGUGAAUUAUGCAAUUAUGUUAGAAGGUGGCAAAUGCCCUGAGACAAAAGAGCAGGGUCAGGGCAAAGAGGGGGCGAUGCAGUAUUAGGAUGGGCACUAGGCUACAGAGACAGAUUGGGCAGAAAACCAGAAAGAAGGCAAAAGAGUGAACCAUGUGGCUCCUUGAAGAAAGCUGAAGCUGAGGCCCAGAGGCGGGAGAAACAGGUGGAGGAGAAGGAACUGGGAGGUGUGAUCAGCACUGAAAAAGAUGCCAGCACUGGCUACCACAUACGAAAGAAUAGUUUACAAAAAUCCCUCUGAGUACCACUACAUGAAAGUGUGCCUGGAAUUUCAAGAUCAUGGAGUUGGUCUGAAUGCUGCACAGUUCAAACAGCUGCUUAUUUCUGCCCUAAAGGACCUGUUUGGGGAGGUUGGUGCUGCCUUACCUGUGGAUGUCCUGACCUAUGAAGAGAAGACCUUGUCAGCCAUCCUGAGAAUAUGUAGCAGUGGUCUAGUCAAAUUGUGGAGUUCUUUGACCCUGUUAGGAUCCUACAAAGGCAAAAAAUGUGCUUUCAGAGUGAUUCAGGUCUCUCCAUUUCUCCUCGCAUUAUCUGGUAACAGUAGGGAAUUAAUAUUGGAUUGAAUAGUCUUCAAUUUCAGAAACUUUCCUCUGCUCUCAAAAGUACUUUUUGGUGGCUACAUACUUUGAAAACAGAAGCAGGCU